AUGCCUCUCUCCAUCUCUCAGCCGCUCCAGAAAAGCAACCUCAUAUACCAAGCCCCCAGAGUCCUACUCCGUCCAAUCCAAGGAACUAUCAGAGUUCGAGAACAACACUACAAGAAUUGCUUGAAGGAGAAGGAUACCCAGAUACUCGCAUUGAAGCUUGAAUUAUCGAAGGCAAAGCUGAGCGCCAAGGCAACAGACGAGUAUUUGCUGGAGGUUAGAGGAGAACUUCAGGACGCCAAGAGGGAUAUGCGAAGACUGAGGAGCGAAGUAGAGCAGGAUGAGAAGAAAAUUUUGGAGUUGGAAACCAAGAACCUUGGUUCUGCCAAGGGUAAUGGAAGGAAGAUCCAGGAAUAUAACGAUUCCAUGGUGGUCCUCCAGCAUGAAUUGGCUACAUUGGGCGACACUGUUGAUGAGCAAACAGCGAAACUUUUUGACCUACACAUGGAAGAUAUUGCACAGAGAGGAGAAAUCCAUCUCUUGAAGAAGGAUAUCGAGGCUCUGCAGAAAACUCUGGAGGUGAACAGAGCAGCUGCAGAUUGGCUGGUUCAAAAUGGUCCUAGUCUACAGGAGGAUUUUCGAAGAAUGGCAGAUGAAAUUGGAGAGCUAAAGUACAAGGGAGCGGACAUGGCUAGAUUGAUGACAAAGAGUGCGCGAAAGUGGGAGCGCCGUAUUCGACGGGGAACUUAA